AUCUUCCUUCCAAUGGCGAAGAAACCAGCCAAGUAUUAUGUGGUGGACGCGUUCACGGACUCGGCUUUCAAGGGGAACCCAGCAGCGGUUUGCUUGCUGGAGGAAGAUAGAGACGACCAGUGGCUGCAAGCUGUGGCCUUCGAGUUCAAUCUCUCCCAGACUUGUUACUUGACUCGAAUCGAUGACUCUCACUCAGCUCCUCGGUUCGGUCUCAGAUGGUUCUCGCCUACUAAUGAGGUUGAGCUUUGCGGUCAUGGAACAUUAGCUUCUUCACACACUCUCUUUAAGUCCGGUUUGAUAAGUUCCGACAUUAUUGAGUUUUCGACUCUGUCCGGAAUUUUAACAGCUAAGAAGGUUCCAGAUGUUAAGACAGCCAAUGGUGAAGCACAGGAGUCGUCCUAUUUCAUUGAACUGAACUUUCCUGCCGCCCCGUCUAAUGAAUUCAACUCUGAUGAGGUUUCGGUUAUCUCCAAGGCCUUGAACAGUGCUUGUAUUAUUGAUAUGAGGAGGGCAACUGUCACAGAUGAUCUACUUGUAAGUCAUGCAAUCCCUUUAGGAACCUUCUUUUCCUUUCUGAUGGUUCUGUUUCAUUCUUGUUUCAUUUUCCGCAAGGUUGUGCUUCCAUCAGCAAAAGCGGUUGCAGAUUUACAGCCACAGCCUGAUGCAAUAAAAAAAUGUCCGGGGUCUAGGGGAGUGCUUGCAACAGCGAUUGCUCCUCCAGAGUCCGGUUAUGAUUUUUACAGUAGAUUCUUUGCCCCUAAACACGGUGUUAAUGAGGAUCCUGUUUGCGGGAGCGCACAUUGUGUCUUAGCAUCAUACUGGUGCAAAAAACUCGGAAAAUCUGAUGUUGUUGGAUACGUGGCAUCGCGUCGAGGAGGAGUAGUAAGCAUUCAUCUAGACGAGCAGAAUCAAAGGGUGCUGCUGCGAGGGAAAGCGGUUACUGUCAUGGAAGGAACUGUUUUAGUUUGAAGUUAGAGUUAGUUUCAUUGUGCAAGUACAA